AUUCAAAAGGCUCUUUUCCCCCAGGUGUACUUCGACCUGCGGAUUGGCGAUGAAGACAUAGGCCGGGUGGUCAUAGGUCUCUUUGGAAAGACUGUUCCAAAAACAGUGGAUAAUUUUGUGGCCUUAGCUACGGGAGAGAAAGGAUUUGGCUACAAAGACAGCAAAUUCCAUCGUGUGAUCAAGGACUUCAUGAUCCAGGGCGGAGACUUCACUCGGGGAGAUGGCACUGGAGGUAAGAGCAUCUACGGUGAACGCUUCCCUGAUGAGAACUUCAAGCUGAAACACUAUGGGCCCGGCUGGGUGAGCAUGGCCAAUGCUGGCAAAGACACCAAUGGCUCCCAGUUCUUUAUCACCACAGUCAAGACAGCCUGGCUGGAUGGCAAGCAUGUGGUGUUUGGCAAAGUUCUAGAGGGCAUGGAAGUAGUACGGAAGGUGGAGAGCACCAAGACGGAUGGUCGGGACAAGCCCCUGAAGGAUGUGAUCAUUGCAGACUGUGGCAAGAUCGAGGUGGAAAAGCCCUUUGCCAUUGCCAAGGAGUAGGGCCCCAGGGACAGCUUCCUCUUGAGCGACUGUUUGGGCCUGUUGCCCUCUCGGGGGGAGUGAAGACAGCCCUCCACCGGGCUCUGCUGCACCAGCCCUAGUGCGGAUGUCUGACAGAGCGGACCCGCCCCUCACAUUCCACAGGCCCAGUUUUGUAACAAACUUCUACCAUCACUGACCAAUUAAAAAAAUAAGGUGGGUUUUUUUAUAA